AUGUUAGUUGAAUGCUCUGAUACUCAUGAAGACUUCAAAGUUGUCUAUAUGAAUUACGAUAUACUGCAAUUGUCUGGAGGGUAUGGGAGUUCACCCUAUACAAAACAACUGCUGCAUUGUGCCAUCUGUAAGAUAAAAAAGCUUCGAGAAUCAAACCUGAGGAAUAAUCCGAAGCCCGGAGUCCCUGAGGCAGUUGUCGUUGUCGCUUGUUGGUGCCAAACCAAGGCAGCAAAGAAACAAGAGGCUGACCAAGUCUGGUUCCUGUUUGUGGACUACUCCAAGGCUUUCGAUUCAGUGUGCACGAUUGCACUGUGGAAGACACUCUUUGACUUUGAAAUCCCAAGUCACUUGACAUGGCUACUGAAAGGGUUUUACGACCGAGCCAAAGGAGUUGUGCGGGUGGGAGAUCAGCGCACAGAUGAAUUUCCUUUCAAGAAGGGUGUGAGGCAAGGAUGUCGAUAUCUCCGCGUGUUCAACACCAUUGGAGAGAUCAUGAGAGAAGGCUGGAGCGAGUACAAAUCAGCAAGAAGAACCGCCAGGAAAAGCUCUGGGUGGAAGAAAGAUCUGGAACAUCCGAGCCAAAACAUCAGCAAUGAAUGUACAUGGAGACGGGACAUACAGAUUGAUGGAGAGACAAUCGAGAUAGUGAGAAAGGUGAAAUCUCUGGGGUCACAAGUUACACAAGAAGGCGACAGCACGGCAGACAUAAAGAACAGGAUUGGACUAGCCAAGUCGGUCACCAUCGGACUAGCAGAAACAUGGAAGUCCAGCGAGCUGAGCAGAGGGUUCAAGGUGAAACUGGCGAAAGCCAUUGUGUGGAGCGUGGCUCCAUAUGCCUGCGAGACAUGGACCGUGUGCAAACAAAAAGAGAGGAUGAUUGAUGCUUUCGAGAUGUGGCUCUGGAGACGUGUGAUAAGAGUGAGGUGGACAGAAAGAAGAACCAACGAGUGGGUGAGAGAGCGAGUGGGCGUGAGAGAAGAGCAAGGCAUGCUGCAAGAGAUCAAGAGGAGAAAGAUCCGGAAGGAGGUCAUUUGGGAAACGGAGGGGAGAAAGUUUGGUGCUGGCGACCCUUGA